CUCAAGGCUCGAUCGAUCGAUUUCAAUCUAAUGGCUUGCCCUGGUUAUCACUCACCCCAGUUCUCAGAGGACCCAGUUUGGCUCCCUGCUUGGCUUCAGCCAUAUGAGCAUCUUGAUAAUGGAUUUCCUGAAGAUGGUCAAGAAAAUGUAACUCCAGUUGUUGUCAAGAAAUAUCAAUCUUUAGAAGAAAGUUUAUACAAAGGGGAUAAAGCUCAGCUAACUACAACUGGAUGUGCCAAAUAUACUAGCUGUCACUUACAUUUAUCUGGCGAUGAUGAUCAACGACGUGGAAGUGUUUCUUGUUCAAAUGCUAUGCAAUUCUAUCUGCAUCUUUCUUCAGAAAGUAUUUCACAAGUAUCAUCUGACCAAUAUAAUGAAAUUCCUCAUUCGUGGAAGCAUGAAAUGAGCAAAUGUUUAUCUAAGAAAAGUGUUUCCAAAGACCCUGCAAUCGCUCCUGGUUUGGCCUGUCGGUAUUCAUGCGAGGAUCCAUCCCCAAGAUUUAAUAAUUCACCAGCAACCUUUAAGAAAAAUGUGCCAUGUGAACCAGAUACAGAUAAACUUAUCAAAACUAACCAGAAUAUUCAGCAAGAAUGUGACGAAAAACUUGAUGGAGGCCUCAAGAGUACAGUUGCAGAUGAUGUGGUUGAGCUCUCCAUUGCUGCUUCUGAAGCAGUGGUUAUUUCUGAAAUGAUGUCUAGUAGCAUGCAAUAUGAGUCUUUUUCAGAUGCAGCAAUUAUUGAAAUUGCUCUUCGUGUAAAACAUGCCCGAAAUGAAUGUAUGUUGGAAACAGCCCAGACAUCUUCAGUUGCAGAUCCGGAUGAUAUUGAUCAGCUUUCUGACUUGGAUGAAAAUUCUAUGUUUGAUGCAUUUGAAGAUGUUGGUAUAACGGUUCAGAAAGUUGCUGAAACUUCAGGAAGCUCAUUUGCUUGUACAAAAUCUUCCAACAGUGCUCAAGGUUCAGUUACCAAACAACCGGAGAUAUUAAAAUCUGAUUCAUCAUAUACCUGCAAUGUUUUAGCUGGCGAUCUUGGAGAUGAGCGAAAAGCACUUCCAGAAAUUACUAAGGGUGUCUUUCGUAAAACAAGUUCCCAAAUAUGUUCUCCUUUAGACUUCAAGCUACAAUCAAAUAGCAUGCACUUAGAAUUUUACCGUUAUACUCAACCAAAGUCCUCGGACAAUCUGCCUCUCGAUUACUCUAUACCAUCUUUAAAAGAUCAUGCACGAGAGCAGGAGCAGAAGCUUCACAUUAAAGAUGUUUUGCCAGCAAACCAGAUUGGCUUUAUGGAGCAUGAUUGUAUGCAAAAGGGUGGAAUGGUUUCACAGCCGAGUAAUGCAAAGGUCAAAAAGAGCUUAAAGUUUUUUAAUUGGGAGACCAGCUUCCUUUCGGAAUCCAUGGAUUCUUUGGAUCAAGAAGUAUCACAGAUAAAGCCAUCAGUUGAACUUACGGUAGUUUCUUCUUCAGAAACGGCAUUGCAAGUGUCAUCUUCUGACUUUUGCAAGAAACAGGAGCAUAAUCAUGAAGCACCACUUUCACAAGAUUAUUCUAGGAACUUAUCAUUAUCUGAUCCUUUAUGCUCUGUUGUUCCUUGCAGUAUUUCUACUGGAGUGAAUGUUGGUUAUGAAACCAAACUUGCAAUUGAUGGUUUUGAAAAGUUCAACAAUCCAAUGACUGUCAUCUACUCAAAAUUUUUAGAUGGAAUUUCUACCGUGCAAAAUAAUAUUAUGUUUCCAAAACCGUUUAUUGAGAAUAGAGAGUUCAUUCUAUCUAAAACCAAACUUGCGCAACCUAAUGUUCCUCAUCGCAAACAACUGAAUUCACUCAGGCCUUACAGCUUGGUGACAGAUAGCCAUGAAAAAGCAGAGGGAAGUAAUUCUCCAUGUAUACAGCUUCCACUGUAUGGCAUAAAUGGUGCAGUUAUGAAUUUGCCUAGCAAAAUGGUUGUUGAAUAUUCUAAUAAAAAUGAUAUUGUGCUGCCAGGAAAAUGCCUGGCUGCAGGUAAAUCAAACAAUGAAGAGAUUCUUGAACAAAAUAAAAUUGGAGCGCCAUCUUUGGCCAUUCGGGGCACUGAUAAAGUAGACACUCAAACACCUGUGCAUAAAGAUGCAUUCUCAUCUCCAAUACUGGAAGGUUUUAAAGUAACUAUAGGUGGCGAUAGGCAUGAGAGAAUGAAAAGAUUGUCUAAGUCAUCUUCAGGGACAUGCAGACCAGAUGAUUCAACUAAAAAGGCUUGCUACAUGAGUGAAACAAUCAGCAAAUCUCAUAUCCUUGUACAGUCAAAUUUAUACUCAUUUCCUGAAGAGAAAAAAUGUAAGAAAAAGAAAGUCCGAUUUCAGGAAGCUGCCUACAAUAUGGGGCAUAAGGCUUUCAACUUGCAGUCUAAACGCAUAACACACUGUUCAUGUUCUGGGACGCCAUACAAAUCUGAGUCUAGAUGGGAUCAUAAGCACAAUUGCUUAACUAGUGAUAGUGCAGUAAGAAACAAUGGAAUGAUACUUCAGGGUCUAGAAUUUCUUUUGACUGGGUUCCCAAGUUACAAGGCAAAGGAUAUUGAAGAAUUAAUUAGAAGGCAUGGUGGCUAUGUUCUUCCAAAUAUACCAUCAAACUUUCCAUAUUUAAAUGGAAAGUCUAUAAGGUCAGCUAGCAGGGAACUUCCUGUUAUCCUAUGUCCAAAGAAGGUCCAAACUACUAAAUUCCUCUAUGGAUGUGCAGUUAAGACUUUCAUGCUAAAUGAUCACUGGCUUGAGGAUUCAAUACAAGCUGGCACUGCAUUACCACCAGGAAAGUAA